AUGAUUUCUCCCUCUUAUUCUGGUAGAUAUGGGGAGAGAAGGUGGCCUCAUGUAGGGGCAUCUAAGGUUGAUCCUCUUCUUGCUGCACUAAGGGAGGAGACCCAUGAUUGUUGCUUGCGCCAUCACAACGGGAAAGGGGGGAAGGGAUGAGCUGGUGCACCUAUGGUGUGCUGUAGGUGGCACUGAGGGAGAGAGGUGGAGCAGGCUGUCCCCACGGUAGGAGAGGGACACACCAAGGGAGGAAGGAGAGAGAAAGAGAUGAUCAUGAAUAAUGAGAGGGCUGGUGGCGGCUCCACUCUUUUGGGAUUGUGUGCCCUACAUUGGGCCUUUUGGUUUUGCCCCUACAUCCUGCAAGAUUUAUAG